AAAUCUCAUGUUAUCUGUGGUAACAAGUGAUAGCAAGAUUGAUUUUUGUUGGGAUUCGGUAAACCAGCUGUUAGCUGCCUGCAACGACUGCAUUGCGCCUGCCUGAACUUAAUGCACUAAAAAAAGCUAUCUGAGUCUGAGCCCCGGAUACAAUUUGGACCAGUUUGCGUUCAGCUAUCAUCAUGAGUACCGCCGCUAUUGACGACAGAGUUGUUGAAGAGCUCCAAGCUCUGGAAGCUAUAUUUGCCACGGACAUCGUGAUUAACCGAGAAGAUGGGAAACCAAAAAGUCUUGAAAUAAACAUUCUUCCAGCUACUGGUGAUAACACUGAGGAACAGUAUGUUUGUAUAACUAUGGAGAUCAACUUGACACCAAAUUAUCCGGAUACCAGGCCCGACGUCGUCAUGAAGAACCCCAGAGGCCUCGACGAUAAUAUUAUGACUUUAAUUCAGUCAGGUAUAGAAGGGAAGUUGGUGGCAAAUCCCGGGAACCUGAUUGUGUACGAAUUGAUUGAGGUGGUAAGGGAGCACCUCACGAUGUGCAACCUGCCGCAAGGGCAAUGCGUCAUCUGCCUAAACACCUUCGUCCAGGGAGAUGUGUUCAUCAAGACGCCAUGCUUCCACUAUUUCCAUAGCCACUGCAUGUCCAAACACCUGAUUCUGGGCAAGAAAUACUAUGACGAGGAGUUUGAAAAACUGCCCACGUGGCAGAAGAUGGAGGCCCAACCCUUCAAGCAAACCUGUCCCGUCUGCCGUUCGGUUGUUCAAUUCGAUGUGGAUGAGCUGCAGAAGGCACCGGCUCCAAUGGAAUCUGAAGAUGAGGAACCAUUCUGUAUUAAUGAUAAUAUACGGGCUGUGCAAGAUGACAUGGCGGUUCUAUUCGCUCGCCAACUCGCUCGCGGCGGUGUGAUUGGUUUUGGUGAUGUCGAACCCCCACCACUCAUCAUCACUGACCCAGUUCAACAAGAGGCGGUGGUGGAGGAGCCACAAGCCCCGGCCCCGGCCCCGGCCCCGUCUAGAGGGGAGUCAUCAAGUGGUCCGGCCAGAGGCCCCUCUGGAGCCGCAGCCCCCAGCUCGUCCGGGGCUGGGGCUUCGGCCGCCGCCGGGCCCUCUUCGCCCGCCCGCCAGCCGUACAAUGGGCCCUAUAGGGGUUUCAACCGCCGCGGCAAACCGGGCCGGCGGGGCCGCGGCGGUUCGCGGUGACCCGCUCCGCCAACGCACCCGCCCGCCGCGCUCUAGCGACCCAGCGCUACACUCAUAUACGGACAUACUGACGAACACGCGCGUGAAUACGGACUCGGAUAUGCGGACAAACACGGGAUACGGACACAUGAACAUACAGAUCAAAUAGAUAAAAAAACACACGGAUAUAGUACGGAUAAACAGACACACAAUUACACGUACGAACAUAAUAUAAACAGACAUGUACAAGAACACAUAGAUAAACAUGUACACGAACAUCUAUGGAAGAAACUUUGCACUAUGUAUUGGUAUAACUUGAUAAAUAUAUGUUUGGACAGUUUUGAGGGUAGUUGCAAAAAAUAUCUUUCAAAAUACCCGCAUUUUAUUGCGGCGUGUUCUUGUUUAGACUACCCUCAAUUUGACCGUGUAGGCAUGUACUCAUCAAGUUUUAUCGCAAAUCGUGAAUUACUUUUUAACAUUCUACGUUUUAACGAACAAUCUAUAUUCUUCUAUAACGUUAUUUUUCGACGUCUAUUCAAAGAGUUAUGUUCUAUUUUCUACUUCAAGUUGAUAACAAUAAGUUGUAAAGAAUACGAAAAUUUCAGCUUUAAAUUGAAAGUUUUAAAAUACAUUUUUAAUUACCGUUUUAUAAACGUUGGACUGCUCAAUUGCGUGACUUUUAAAGUCGUCGAUCGAGAAUUGAAAAUCGAUUAUACGUACGUGCUACUAAUAAUAAGUUCCUAUACAGGGUCCCUUUUUAAGUUAACCGACUCAGUCGGGGUUUACAGACUGACGAUUUACCUAAUACGUACGUUUAUUACCAAAAACUUACAGCAAAAUAUUUAAGCUUUUUUAUACUAUAAUCCUCGUAUGCCUUAAUUAUUUGCUAUUAGAACGCUGGCAUCCUUGAUUAGUUGUUAAUUAUAUUAAACUAUUGCUACUAAGUAACCUUCCACCCUCUCCCCAAUAUCCAGCUGUUAUUUAAAACAGUAAAUAUAAUCGAUUUUUGAUUCGAAACGUAGUAUGUUAAAAAGAAUUCAUCGAUUUGCUAUUAAAGUUCACUUCACAUAGUCCAGAUUUGUGCAGAUUGAUCACAUAAAUGAAUGAAAACAUUGGUGUCUUUCAAGCAAAUUUCAACCUUCAAUACCACAAAAUCAUAUAACAGAUCCGUACAAUGGUCAGUCUGCAUAGCAAACCCGCAGAAAAAAAAACAAAAAAAAAACAAAAAAUACAAAAAAAAAUCUGCGUGGUUUGUAAUAAUUUAAGGGCGACUUCAAAUUUAUAAGUGUUUUAAAUUAUAGUAAUUAAUGCUUAGUGUACCAUUUUAUCGUAACUAUAAUAAUUGUUGUGUGUAGUUUUAAUGACAUGUUAUACGCACAAAAUGAACAACAGUAAGACUCCUUCAAACAACGACAGUUAUGUUAUUAUUUGUUUGUGACUCAACCAAUCUAAUUUUCUUUUACAAUAAA